GCCGGCCCUUUCUAACACCUCCCGUAAACCAGCUGGCGGAUCUCCCGCCAGCAUUGCACACUCUGGCGCCAUGUCGUGCGCGAACGGCUUGUAGUUUGGUGGAGAGUCAACGUCGCUCCACUGCACUGCCGAACAGCGCACCUUCAAUCAUUCCUUUUUUCGUACCCCUCAAAAAUAGUUGAACGCCAGCCGGACGCCAGCCGGAUCACGCAGAGCCAGAGCCGUUUUCCGACAGGUUGAGCCAGCAAAUUGUGGCUAUUGGCCAACAAGAACCUUAAACACCUUGACCGAACCUGAACUGCAAGCGCCGCGCCAAAACCAAGCAGACAAUUACGCAGCAGAGGCAAGAUUUUUGUACCUUACUUAUUUGCGACAUGUUCUGCACAGCCGUGGAUAUCCAUCAGCUGCUGUCAAGACUCAAGUGGCACUGGUGUGGCAAGCUUCGCAUUAUCACCUGGUUGCUUGGCUCAAGCGGAGGAGGCUGUUGAGGUCAGCCACGUUUAUCACCGAUGUAGUCAGCAGAGUCAUCAUUCUAUAUGGCAGAAGUUUCAGAAGGCAGAGACGUUGCGGAAAUUGAAGAGUCGAAAGGCCAAGAAGGAUACGAGUUGCUGUCCAAGCUUGGUGUUCCAGCAUCCUUGGGGGAGAGAAUGUUGUUACUGUCCCCAAAGCCUCAAGUUGAAGAAGAACUUCCGGAGGCAUUACGCGCUGAAGAGCAGAUGGAGUAUGACAAAACAAAGUAUGACUUCCGAAGCCACGUCGCGGCUCUCCUGCACUGGGCUGGGCCGAAGAUUGGCUUCGGAUGUUUUGGAAGUAGCAAUGAACUUGAGCUCUUUCAAGCCAAGGAGGAAGUCUUCAGCUCCUUCAAGUAUGAGAAACGCUCGAGGCAAUGCAUCCUGGACAGUUCAGAGUUCUUGGCGUGCUACGAGCUUCUGCUUAAAGAGGUGGUGUGUCCCAACUUGAAGACAAAGCUGAAGCAGGAUGGUCCUAUUGCUUUCUAUUGCCAAUUUCCUCCCACCCUACGCUUGCAGCCUGGACCCAGUGAGCGCCCUCGACGCCUUCACCGCGACGCAGAGUUUGGUCACCAGGCCAACACUUGGGCUUUCUCCAGCAUUCGCGCCAACCACGCCAACUUGCGCUACGCCAACGCAGCUGGCGCUGGGUAUUCUGAACCCAGCGUGACAGAGAUGAACAGGCGUGAUGGUCCCACCAAAGCGGAGAUACUGAUGGGACGGCGACAACGUGGGUGCCUUUUCCGUGGGCAAAGCUGUGGCGUCACGCCAUUUGGUUUGGGGGUUGCGCUGUUUGCCUGCGUGGACUUCAUGGAAAAAGCGAUCGCCUAAGAGUUUGCGGCUGGCCACAAAGUCACGAUAUUCCAGUGAACACUGCGACUCCACGAUCAAGCAUUUCUUGUCCUCCGAGUUCAGCGAUGAAUUGCGUAGCAAGAUGUAGGCACGGAAUUCCUCCAUCCCAACCUUCAUUCCAAUCAACUCUUCAAGUUAAUGGUCAUGUCUGGCCAAGUAUGAUUCACGCAUCUCAUCUGGUCGCUGAGUUGCGCCAAAGAUUGCGCGAUCAAAACGGUCAAACUUGCCUUCCGGUCUUGAUUUCCCCCGAGCGCCGAGCGUUUUCACAAUGGCCAUCUCGCCUUUCAAGAUACUGACCUUCAAUACUUUGGGACCCAAUCCGGACACACGUUGAAAUGCUGAGCCUUCACACCGCAAAGCAAUCUUCAGCGGCUGUACAUGUUCUGUUGGCCAUAGUUGCGCCAAGGUUUCCACCUUUUUGGGCCACUCAGUCAAAUCAGCUUCACCCAGCUUAAAUCUGACUCCAAGGAAGAUGAUUUAGGCUCCCCACCACUAGCCAUCGUUUUCCUAAAGCUCCCAAGCUAUCCUCGGCCGCCCCUCCUCCUGCCAACACGCAGAGCUGCCUGGCGCUCAAAGGCGUUUGUUUCUUUGCUCUUGCCCCGCGAAAGGGUCCCUGACCUCGAGUCUUUUGCAACGAGGUUCAAGCAGUGCGCACAGUGACCCACAAGCAGCACCACAUCUUGAGGAUGGGGAAGUCAAUUUCUGGAUGCCACUGACCAACUACGACCGCACCAAGACAACGCUUUGGGUUGAGUCAAAACCCAAUGCCAACGAUUUCCAUCCGCUGAGCUUGGAUGUUGGGAAGAUUGCCAUGUUCCAUGGCACAUUGGUGAGGCAUUAUGCUCCUCCAAAUUCCACAACCUUCCUGAGAGUGUCUAUGGACUUUCGAGUUGGAGUCGGAAGAUAUUUCGAUCCGGAUUGGAAAUUGGAAGGUUUGCAACACUAUCACGGUCGGCGCAAAAUCACUUUGUGAAAGACACGAUUGUCGAAGUCUUCAAGGAGUCCACUUGGCGAGUGUUCUGGUGCCCGCACUAAGCGUUCCACGAUUGCCGUACGCCUGAGAUCACGUUGCAAGUUCAAGAAUUGCUGGGCAACAUCGCGAGCGUGAAGGAUGACCACCGUGCAAGGUCUUCAAAUUCAUGUUCGAGUCUAGAGAACGCGGAGAGAGAGAGAGAGAGAGAGAAAGAAGGAAAGGCCCAGUGAGCUGGCAAAAGAUGCCAAUGACAUCCAAUGACAUUUUGUGGAGGAGAAAAGAGGCCUGCCAAGGGGCCCUAGCACCCUUGGCCGAAAUGUCCGGGUCACUGUCAAUCAUUGCAGGCCUGAAAUAAAGAGGCGUCAUGGAUUCUCAGUCAUCUUCAUUUGGAGUUUGACAUGCGAGAUUCAUGGAGAGAAUCUUGCAUAAAUUUUUGUUUGGUGUGGCUCAGAUUGUAGGGCAUGAAAAUGGCAGCACUUUUUGCACGAC